UGACCCCCACAAACGUGUUCAAAUAUAAGUAAAUCGGGACCCUAAAUAACCGGCCACCGAAUGGCCGAGCCUCGUCGCCGUUUCCGCAACAAGAAGCGGGAUGACCCAUCUGCCGGCCUCCUGGCCCCCGUGACCAUUGCUCGGCGCGAGGAUGCCCGGAUGGUACAGCCGAAGAUUUUGCUGAAGAAGGAUCGCGACCGAGACAAGGAAUGGGACAGGGAUCGAGAGUUUGAGAAGGACAAGGAGUCGGAUCCGAUUUCCAUCAGCGGUGGUUGUUAUCCCGAUGCACCGGCGGCCAUUAAAACUAUCAUCAUUAAUCGCACGAGCGAUGGUCGACCGGCUGACAGAUGUCAGAUUCCCAUGGUCGGCGGCGGGAUGGUCGGGGCAGGAGCUCCUCUUCAAGGUGGUAGUAAUCUAUCCACGGUGCCAUCGUCAUCCGUUUGUGCUGCACUGGUUAGCUCGACACCAAAUGGGCGCGAUAAGGGGAGCUGUAGUAGCGGCGGCGGAACUGCUGGCAGCUCUGUCGGAGCACCAAGUGCUAUUCAGGAGCAGCAACCGCCGCGCAUGAACCGCCCCACACCACUCAUAGUGGCCAAUGGCGUCUUCAAUGCCAAUGCGCGAAAGCUCUUUCAUAAAACCAACACCGAUUUCACCGUCAUCGGAGUCGUCGGUGGCCAGUGUUCUGGGAAGAGCACACUUCUCAAUCUACUAGCCGCUGAGCGAUCUAUGGAAUAUGACUUCUACGAACAUCUAUUCUCUCCAGAGGCGGAUGAGUGCAUCUUUGCCACCCGGCACAAGGUCAAGCAAAAUAACGGUCAGAAGAGUAUUUUGCGCCCACGCACGGAGACUCUGCAAUUCUUCAUCACCCGAGAGCGUCACAUCUUGCUGGACACGCCACCGUUGCUGCCAGUGGGCAAGGAGCCAGAUCAGCAGGAUCUGCAUUCCCUAGCGGCCAUGGCGCAACUGCUAAGCGUGUGUCACGUCCUGAUUUUGGCUAUUGACGGCUUGUCCGUAGAACAGCUUCGUUUAAUAAACGUUGCCCUUCGACUACGGCCCACGUUUCCCUGCAAAGGCUAUGUUCGGGAUCACGUGCCACAGGUACUCUUCGUUCGCACACGAGCCCAGCGCCUUGAUUUCGAGCCGCAGCAGCGUCAACGACUGGAGAAGAAACUGGCAUACCUAUAUGGACCCACAGGACUACCCAUUUACCGGGGGAAGGGCGAGGCGCGGUGUUUAAAUACCUUUCUGAUGCCGGAAGUGAGCAGCAAUGCAGCCACUGCUUUUCACCCCUGCCUGGGCGAAUUAGUGCGUCAGUUCCGAGAACGUGUCCUCGGAUCAACGCGGAUAUCCAUGUGCCACACCAGCACUGAACUGAGCGAAGCCAUCUGGUUCGAGAUCCUUGCAGAGAGUGCUCGCAAGGGUGCUCCUCACUUCGAGAAGAUCUAUGCGGAGAUCAAGCUGCGCCACCUAGACGCACGCAGCCAGUGGUGGACGGACAAUUGGCGCACCUUCUCCGGUAGCACAGAAAGCUGAUCCAAAGGUUGCGGGUACGCAGAUGGUCGAGAACUUUGUGAUUAUUGGGUGGGGCGAUUUGGUGUACCCGGAUUCGCAAGGGGAGGAUUGAUAACUUGGACCAUUCUAGUGAUUAAAAAGUUCCAAUAUCAAUGCUGACAGCUCUUUUACUCAAAAAUGGACGGUAAAAUACUGGACAGUCAAGUCCAUUUUCAAAAGAAUUGCUUACAGUUAACAUAUGAAUCAGAAAUUUGAAACAUGACUGAUUAUACACUGUUUUUUACACAUACAUAUCUCUCAUUAAAUUAAAUAAAAGACUUUCAAAACUGAAUAAUUCAGGGAUUGCAAAGUAUUUCAAAAUGUUCAGUUUAAACUCAACGUUAAUUUAUUCAUUUCGCCAACAACAUUAGCGUUUGAUUGUUCUUUUUUUUAUCUAUACAUCUAUUGAGUUAGUAAAUUAAAGUCACUAAUUGAACAAAUAAAAUUAUUUAUUCUCAA